AUGUACAGUGGUAACUUGACCAUGCAGCAUUACACCUUUAACACGACUCGUUUCAAUGAUGGCAUCGGCCCAUCGCCGCUGGCCUUGAAAAUUGGCUCAGCAAUCAUGUCUGUGGCCUUAGCCAGUGGUCUGCUGGGCAAUUUGUACGUAAUCACGUUCUUGGUGCAGAAAAAAAGCCUUGAUAACAUUAUCAAUAUUUUUAUCGUCAGCUUGUGCAUUAAUGACAUAAUGAAUUUAUGCGUGAGCAAUGUAUCUGUGUUGGUGUCAUACUUAUCUGGAGGUUGGACAUCAGGAAUGGGCAUCUGUGAGUUUGUGGUCCAUUUUAACUACAUUCUCAUGGGCUGCUCUCUCUGGCAUACCAGCCUCAUCGCCAUCCAUCGCUUCAUCGUCGUCAUCUUACAUCCGUGGUAUCAGCACAUUUCUAAGAAAGCUUAUACCAUAGUAGUGUUGGCAGUAACCAGGAUAGUGCCCCUUUUAUUUCUAAUACAGCCAAAUCUUGGUCACAUGACCUAUUAUGAACCCAAACUUCUCCGUUGUCUUAUAACGAAAGAAUUUGGUUUUACAACUUUACUGGUUGGGAUUGUGCUCAUGAUGAUACCUUCUCUAGUCCUUAUAAUCUGCUACGUGUGUAUAUUCAUCAAAGUGCACACCUCAGCCAUGCGUGUGCCCAAGCAGCCGGAACUGCUCGCCAGAGAGAUACGGAUCACAAAGAUGUUUGGCAUGGUGUUUUUAGUCAUCAUGCUGGGAUACCUACCUUACGGCAUUACACGGGCUGUUGACCACAAGAUGAAUCUGAGUCCAGACUUUUAUGUGUGGAUCUCGGUUCUUUAUGCUAUCGCCAAUAGCGCUAACCCGCUGGUUUAUGGAAUUAUGGAACCAGUGCUUCGUGAAGCUUGCCUUAGGUGUGUGCGUAUUCAGGAAAAGCCCAAAGUUAAGCGAUGUUGUUGGAAGCGUUCGCCUGCCUCGUGCAAUUCCACGGUCCUACGGGAGAAAGAGUCGAUACAUCUGGACCCGUGUCAGACGGAUGUGACUAGUAACUGUUCCUUGUAA